AUGAAAGGAAGGUAUGUUUCUAACGAGAUUUGCUAUAGGCUUGGAAAAUCCGGCCUCAAAGUCUCCAAGGUGAUUCUGGGAGCCAUGUCAUUCGGUACUGACGAAUGGAUGAUCUCCGAGGAAAAAGCACUACCAAUUAUCAAGCAUGCAUUCGACAACGGCUUGAACACAUGGGACACAGCCGAUGUCUAUUCCUUUGGCGAGUCCGAGCGUAUCAUCGCCAAGGCUCUGAAGAAAUACAACAUCCCCCGCGAGCGAGUCGUCAUCUUGUCGAAAUGCUAUGGCGGGCUUCCAAACCCAGGUGACCUGGAUGGACUGUCGGAUCAAGAGCAAUUGGCCUUGAUGGCUGUCAAUGAUGGGAUCAUGGUGAAUCGCAUUGGCCUGUCUCGGAAGCAUAUCUUCGAUGCUGUGGAUGCCAGCAUCGAAAGACUUGGCACGUAUUUGGAUGUUCUCCAGAUUCAUCGUCUUGAUCGUGAGACUCCUCGGGAGGAGAUCAUGCGGGCACUUAAUGAUCUCGUGGAAUCUGGUAAGGUGCGCUAUCUUGGCGCAAGCUCGAUGUUCGCUUGGGAAUUCCAGGCACUGAACAAUAUCGCCGAGAAGAAUGGGUGGCAUAAGUUUAUCAGCAUGCAGGACUACUAUUCUCUCUUGCACCGAGAGGAGGAGCGCGAAAUGCACCCGUAUUGCCACGACGUCGGUAUCGGCAUUAUCCCCUGGUCGCCUUUGGCGCGCGGUCUCCUCACACGGCCUUUCAAAGUAGAUAAAGCGCAGCAGACUGUGCGUGAAGUGAAUGAUGCCUACGCUCAGAUGCUGAUUGGCGCAACUACUGAGGUCGAUGUGGCUAUAAUCAACCGCGUGGAAGAGCUGGCGAAGAAGAAGAGUUGCAGUAUGGCUCAGAUCGGAAUAGUGUGGUGUCUGAAGAAGGGAGUCAAUCCUAUCGUUGGAUUGUCAAGUAUUGCGAGGGUUGAUGAGGCUGUACAGUCUGUGGCGCUGUUCAAGGAUGGGUUGCUGUCUGAUGAGGAUGUGAAGUAUCUGGAUGAGUUGUAUGUCCCGAAAGCUGCUCUCCAGCGCGCAUGGUAG